AUGGGUGCUAUGUCGCUUCCUUCAGACGAGAUCCCCCAAACUCAAACGGUGGCUCUUGUUCGAGAACUGGGAGGCAGUGUGGAGUUUCGCGAAGGCUAUCCCGUUCCUACCCCAGGGUCAAAUGAGGUAUUAGCGAAGGUUUUGUAUACAGGUGUCUGCCAAAGUGAUUUACAUACAAAAAACGGCACUGCGGCUGGUGCUGAUGGCAACCCAAUCACGAAGAUCAAACUGCCGCAUGUUGGAGGCCAUGAAGGUGUCGGACAGAUCGUGGCUCUGGGUCCCAACUGUGGCGCUGACCUGAAGGUCGGCGGGCUAGUCGGCAUUCGCUUCGCUAGUCGGAUUUGUAGGAGAUGCGAGUUCUGCUUAGCCGGCACGGAGCAGUACUGUGUCAAGGGCACGAACCAUCUCCAUCAUGAAGAUGGCAGCUUCCAGGAGUAUAUCGCUCUGGAUGCUGACAACCUCACGAUUCUCCCUGAUGAUAUAGAUCCAAAGGUUAUCGGGCCGGUGCUGUGUGCUGGAGUAACUGCAUACAAGGCUGUUCUCAAUACGAAUAUCCGGGCGGGCAACUGGCUCGUUGUAGUAGGUGCUGGAGGUGGUCUUGGGCAUCUGGCUGUUCAAUAUGCCAAGGCACAAGGAGCACUGGUUAUUGGCGUCGACGCUGCCGACAAGCGAGACUUUGUCCUCGGUUUGGGAGCAACAGAGUUCAUUGAUUUUACUUCCACGGAUCCGGUGCAGAAAGUUCAUGAAAUUACCGGCCUUGGUGCGCAUGCCGUUGUGGUGACUGCGGGAAGUGCCAAAGCCUUCGCCCAUGCUUGUGACAUGUUGCGGGUUGGGGGUACUCUAAGCUGCGUGGGAAUCCCGCCAGGCCGUCCAGUUCUGGAAACCCCUAUUUGCACAAUCGUGAUCAAAGGCCUCCGGGUUACCGGGAAUCUCAUCGGCUCACUGAAAGAGUGCAUGGAGGCAGUGGACUUGGUCCGGCGUGGGGUGGUCAAACCGGAAAUCAAGGUCCGGACUUUCAAGGAGUUGCCACAGGUAUACGAGGAGAUGGAGAAGGGUGAUAUUGCAGGUAGAAUCGUCCUUCAAGUUUCGCAGUAGCUCACUCGUUCUUUAUAGUUCAGAGAAAUAGCAGUUCUGCAGUGCGUCUUAUCUCUUCGAAAAACUCAGUCACGCUCAUCCACUUUCUAUUAAUAGAGAGCCCAUCGCGAAUCAACGUACUGCUCAGGAGAGUCCACAUGCUCUUCGGUAGUGUAAGCGUUAUCUUGAUCGUCAUCGAAUGACCAAGGGUCAUAGUUCAAGUCCAGUAAGCGGGCGGGGGCUUUAAGCAAGGCCUCAGCCGUCUUACUAUGCAGUAUCGACUUCAACAUGAGAUCUUGCUCCAGGAAAGGCAGCAGCUUCUGGUAUAAGGCGUGCAGAAAGUCGUGUGGCCCUAACUGGAAGGCAGAGUACGUUGAUACCGAUGGCGUGAGCAGGACAGUAUCCGCGAGUGAGUUGGCGAUCUCGAAACACUUCAACAGCUAAACUCGGGAUUCGAUUAGUACCUGGCAGCCCAAAGAAUCGCGAAACAAACCUGGUCGCGCCCCAAAGGCAGCAAGUCAGACUCAG